CGGCCCAGUGGCGGCGACGGCGGUGGAUGACAUGGGCGUGCGGUCGCGACUGCCGAGCUACGUACGCUCCAGCGACAUGUACAGCCACACCGGCACCAUGCCACGCAAGAAGGACAAAGACAAGGUCAAGGUCAAGGACAAGGACAAAGAAAAAGACAAAGACAGCAAAGACAAGGACAAAGAGAAGGAGCGGGGGAGCAAGUCGGUGUGGAAGGGGGGGCGUGCCGGGUCCAGAUCUGGGCCGGGUCUGGGCCGCAGCCAGAGCAUGAGGCCGGUAGACCACGUGAUCGACUCCCCGUUGCUAAGCGCCCUCUCCAGCCAGAGACGUCCGACGCUGACGCAGACGCAGACGCAACCGCAGGGUGCACCUGAGCCUCCGGCCACUGGGGGGAGCUGUGCUGAGGUGCAGGAGGGCAGAGGGGGCAGCAGCAGCAACACUGAUAGGCCUCUCCCUGCUACACCACAUGCUGCUCCAUCACCACCCACAGCUGACGUCUCGUCACCUGUACCUGUUAGCCCUACUACACCUGCCUCUUCUCCUGAUACAACCCUCUCAUCUGCUCAAGCACCUGCCCCUGAUCCUGGGGACGCGGCAGAGGCAGAGCAGCCCGUAGCGAGCCCCAGCAAAGCAGCCCUGGAUGAGAGUGCUGCAGCUGGAGAAACAGCGGCCCCCGGUGGAGGUUCAGUGCAAACGCAGCCCGAUUUAUCAGCAGCAGCCUCUGUGUCCACAACGGCCCUCACACAGCAGAGGACAGGCACCUUGAAGCCACCAUGCCAGGUCGUACUGCCAAUGAAGAGGAGAAGGAGAGAGGAAGAGAAGAGAGAGGAGGAGAGAAGAGAGGAGGAGAAGAGGAGCAGUCCAGAGGAGCGGAGGAGAGGAGCAGAGGAGCUGCAGCCUGCACCACCACACUCUCAACAGCAGGAGGAGACAGACAACAGCCAAAUGGAUCCUUCUGGACAGCAGGGCUAUGUGCAGUUCUCCAAGGAGAAGUAUCUUCUGGAGUCCCCACCUGAGAAGCUUCGUAAGGAGCUGGAGGAAGAGCUGAGACUCAGCAGCACAGACAUCAGGAGCCACGCCUGGUACCAUGGACACAUCCCCAGAGAGGUCUCUGAGUCCCUGGUGCAGCGUAGUGGUGAUUUCCUGGUUCGUGAUUCGCUGGUGCGUGCGGGGGACUAUGUCUUGACGCUGCGCUGGGGAGCGGACGCGUGUGUGUUCCAUGUUUGUGUCUGUAAAGUUCUGGUCCGGGGAGGAGAGACACAGGUGCAGUACCACCUGGAGGGCCUAGAGGGCAGCACCUUCGACACGGUGCCGGCUCUUGUGCGCUUCUACACGGGCCAGCAUCGGCCCGUCUGCGUGCGGACCGGCGCCCAGAUCAGCUGUCCAAUCAGCCGCACCCUCCCGCUGCGCUACCUGGAGGCCACCUUCGCCCUAGCCAAUGGGAGACCGGGAAGUGCCCAGAGCCCCUGCUCCCCGCGCGGAGCCUACAUCAAGAGGCGGAGCGUCACCAUGACAGACGGACUCACACAGGCUGACAAGGCCCUCCCACACAGUCCCUCCACUAUCCACCACCCCAAGGAUGCGAUGAGGAGCUGUGCCCUCAGCAUGGACCAGAUUCAGGAGUACAGAUGCCCACACACACUCCUGUCACCUGUAGGAGAGACGCCCCUGUCACCCGCUUAUAGUGCAGUAUCUCGUCAUCGUCAUGGUUCUGGGGGGCGUAUCCUGGCGGUGAUUCCCCCCUCCCCCGCUGUCCCCCGCCGCUCCAGUGACCCCCACUUGACUCCCGACCCCUCCGCCUCACCCCCCUCCGCUCAGGUACACACACACCCCCACACAGAGGGUCCAGAGGCGUCAGGUAGCUACUGUGAGCUGCGCCCCCAACCCGCUGGCCCCCCCGGCCCCUGCCCCCCACCCUCACAGAGCUACGUGGAGCGCCUACGCGUGGAGGAGAGGGGGGGAGGAGAGACGACUGGUGACCAGCCGGUGGUGUUCACACUCCCCCUAGUGGAGAAUGUGUCGUCACUGCGGCCCGGCGUGUACCAGUCGGGUCUGCUGCCGGUUGACAACAAGCCGUUGGAGAUGGCGGUACUGAAGAGAGUCAAGGAGCUCAUGCAGGAGACCGAUGCACACACGGCCGCCAUGCACAUCACCAAGGCAGACUGCACGGUUGCUAGGAUACUGGGCGUUACCAAGGAGACGCAAAGGAUGAUGGGAGUCAGCUCUGGACUGGAGCUGCUGACGCUGCCGCACGGACACCAGCUGAGAUUAGACCUGCUGGAGAGGUUCUACACCAUGUCUAUAAUGUUGGCUGUGGAUGUGCUGGGCUGUACGGGAAGUACUGAGGAGCGGGCCUCUCUGCUCCACAAGACCAUCCAGCUGGCCGCGCAGCUGAAGAACGCGCUGGGCAACAUGUUCGGGUUCGCAGCCGUCAUGAGAGCACUGGAGCUCCCACAGAUAUCUCGUCUGGAUCAGACCUGGACUGCGUUGCGUCAGCGUCAUACGGAGGGAGCCAUCCUCUACGAGAAGAAACUCAAGCCCUUCCUGAAAAACAUGAACGACGGCAAGGGAAUACUGCCGCUGCCCCUCUCCAACGUCCACUCCUCCACCACCUCUCUCAGCUUUUGGGACAGGAAUUCGCUGGUCUCUGAGUCCCUGGUGCAGCGUAGUGGUGAUUUCCUGGUUCGUGAUUCGCUGGUGCGUGCGGGGGACUAUGUCUUGACGCUGCGCUGGGGAGCGGACGCGUGUGUGUUCCAUGUUUGUGUCUGUAAAGUUCUGGUCCGGGGAGGAGAGACACAGGUGCAGUACCACCUGGAGGGCCUAGAGGGCAGCACCUUCGACACGGUGCCGGCUCUUGUGCGCUUCUACACGGGCCAGCAUCGGCCCGUCUGCGUGCGGACCGGCGCCCAGAUCAGCUGUCCAAUCAGCCGCACCCUCCCGCUGCGCUACCUGGAGGCCACCUUCGCCCUAGCCAAUGGGAGACCGGGAAGUGCCCAGAGCCCCUGCUCCCCGCGCGGAGCCUACAUCAAGAGGCGGAGCGUCACCAUGACAGACGGACUCACACAGGCUGACAAGGCCCUCCCACACAGUCCCUCCACUAUCCACCACCCCAAGGAUGCGAUGAGGAGCUGUGCCCUCAGCAUGGACCAGAUUCAGGAGUACAGAUGCCCACACACACUCCUGUCACCAGUAGGAGAAACGCCCCUGUCACCCGCUUAUAGUGCAGUAUCUCGUCAUCGUCAUGGUUCUGGGGGGCGUAUCCUGGCGGUGAUUCCCCCCUCCCCCGCUGUCCCCCGCCGCUCCAGUGACCCCCACCUGACUCCCGACCCCUCCGCCUCACCCCCCUCUGCUCACAUACACACACACACCCUCACAGAGGGUCCAGAGGCGUCAGGUAGCUACUGUGAGCUGCGCCCCCAACCCGCUGGCCCCCCCGGCCCCUGCCCCCCACCCUCACAGAGCUACGUGGAGCGCCUACGCGUGGAGGAGAGGGGGGGAGGAGAGACGACUGGUGACCAGCCGGUGGCGUUCACACUGCCCCUAGUGGAGAAUGUGUCGUCACUGCGGCCCGGCGUGUACCAGUCGGGUCUGCUGCCAGUUGACAACAAGCCGCUGGAGAUGGCCGUACUGAAGAGAGUUAAGGAGCUCAUGCAGGAGACCGACGCACACACGGCCGCCAUGCACAUCACCAAGGCAGACUGCACGGUUGCUAGGAUACUGGGCGUUACCAAGGAGACGCAAAGGAUGAUGGGGGUCAGCUCUGGACUGGAGCUGCUGACGCUGCCGCACGGACACCAGCUGAGAUUAGACCUGCUGGAGAGGUUCUACACCAUGUCUAUAAUGUUGGCUGUGGAUGUGCUGGGCUGUACGGGCAGUACUGAGGAGCGGGCGUCUCUGCUCCACAAGACCAUCCAGUUGGCCGCGCAGCUGAAGAACGCGCUGGGCAACAUGUUCGGGUUCGCAGCCGUCAUGAGAGCACUGGAGCUCCCACAGAUCUCUCGUCUGGAUCAGACCUGGACAGCAUUGCGUCAGCGUCAUACGGAGGGAGCCAUCCUCUACGAGAAGAAACUCAAGCCCUUCCUGAAAAACAUGAACGACGGCAAGGAGAGCUGUGUUCUGUCCAACACGUGUUUCCCGCCUGUGGUGCCGCUGCUGUCUCUUCUGGAGAGGGGCGUGGCUGUGGGUGUGACCAGUGGUCUGGAGGCGGGGUUAGAAUCCUGGGAGAGCGUGGAGGCGGGAGUGGACGUGGUGAUGAGUCACCUGGAGACGGGGCGAACCAUCGCACACCACGGGGGGGUGUACCGCACCAACGCAGAGACCAAACUCACAGAUCUUCAUGAGAGUUCUGACCUGUGUGAGAUCUUCAGUACUGAGUUCCAGAUGCGGUUGCUAUGGGGACAGCGGGGUUCCGAGGGUUGCCAGGUGGAGCGCUACAGCAAGUUCGACAAGGUGCUGACGGCCCUGUCCCACAAGCUGGAGCCCCCCGUACGACACAGCGAACUAUAGCACACACACACUAUAAUACAUACAUACACACACACACACAC